AUUAUUUUGUUUAAACACGCGCCUCGAAUUCAACCAAAUGUCAUAUUUCCAUUCGAAAACGAAUAAAAUAAACUAUCGCGCACACGACGAAAGCGGCUUAAGAUAAGGCAUAGUUCCAAUAAAUCAUCGUACGCUAUGUCUAUAAACCAAAAUGAAAUUUUCGUGCAAACAAAAGAAAAUGCUCUUCGAGAGUUCUCUUUUGUCGACGAGGAUACAGUGCCGUUACGGAAAUUUUUAUUAAAUGUUUCGGAACCGAUUCCGUUGCAACCUCUGAAACCAACGUCAGCCAUCGUGGUCACUGGAUACAUUCCUCCUGAUGCGUUGAGGUUUUCAGUGAAUUUAUUAUGUAAGGCGGCAGGCAACAUUGCAUUACAUUUCAACGCACGAUUAGAUAGGGGUUAUGUCGUUCGAAAUACAAAAUUUAAGGGAUGCUGGGAAGAAGAAGAAACUUGCUCUCCUGCUGGACACUCUGCUUUCCGACGUAAUUCUUAUGUGCAUAUUUUAAUAUUCUGCACUACGAAUUCAUUUCAGAUCGCAAUCAACGGAGAGCAUUUUUGUGCCUUUUCGUAUAGGAUGCCUCUUGAUGACAUCACAAGUGUCGAGAUUAAUGGAUCAUUAGAAGAUAUUAGAUUUCGACAACUCGAAUUAUUUGUUUACCCAGAUGCAAAAUUAUAUAGACCAAGCAAUAUUUUAAGCUUAAAAAUCGAUCGACCACUCGUCGAGUUUCUCAGCGUUCCCAUUACAGUAGAUAUCGACAGUCAGUUCAAAACAGGCUCCAGACUUUUUAUAGCUGGAAGAUUAAAGCUUCUUCCUCAUUCGUUUUACGUGAACUUACAAAAAGGGAAAGCAAUUUAUCCGCAUCCUAUAAUUGCCUUACAUUUAAAUCCCCGAUUUUCAUAUGGUAGUAGUGCACCCUAUGUUGUAAUGAAUUGUUGGAUGAAUGGAUCAUGGGGACACGAGGAAAGGCAUCACGGACAUUUAUCUUGGAUGCCUGGACGUGAUUUUCUUUUAUCCAUACGAUGCGAACAUGAAGUAUACACGAUAUGGCUAGGUGACAAAAUGAUUGGUGAAUUCAAACACAGAUUACAACCGAAUAUCAUCGAUACUCUUAAAAUAUCUGGAGAUAUUGUUCUGCAUGAAUUAGCAAUGACUUAUUCGAAUUAAAUGAACUUUUUAAACUCAUGUGCAAGUCUGGCUUCUCUUGGGCAAAAAGGCAGCUAAAGGUAUCAGAUUUACACCAUUCGCAAUAACAUUCACGUAUUAGGACCCAUUAUGCCUAAUUUACAACAAGCAUU